AACUCCAACCCACAGCAUGUGAUUUCCCAGCAUUCAGUGUGUUCUCUCUAUAUAAACCUGAUGUGGUUCUGUGGUUCUGAACAGCAGCUUUGAGCCGACGACCGAUUCAAACAGCCAACCACUGUCUGCAGACACGAAAUCAAAAUGACCACCUACAUCACUGAACUCGCUGUGUCUCUGAAUGAAGCUGAAGAGAGUCAGCUCCGUAAACGAAACUUCCAGAAAAUUUAUGUUAAUCUGUACCAAGGAGCCGGAGAAAACGGCAUCUACCUUUGGUACAAAACAGGAAGCUCUGGCCCAAUCACCAGGAUCCAGUUUUCAUUCACCUCCGCGAUGACUAAGGGUCUGAACAACACAGGGUACACAAAGAUCGACAAAGAUCUCAAUGCUGGAACAGAGGGGGACAACAUCUACCUGUGGUUCUACAAUGGUUCCUCAGAGUACGAUGUUCCCAUCGUGAGCAUUGACGUCACGCUAACAGAUGAUGCCCAGAAGUUUAAAUCUGGCUGGGAGAGAUCAGCCUGUGAUCUGAACCGUGAUGCUGGAGGAAAGAUGAUCUACCUGUGGGUGAAGAGAGAGAAACCAACGUACAUCUGUGACAUCACUGCCACUGAGGGUUUUGGAGGAGAUGAUGAGCACUUCAAGAACGGGUUCAUCCGAGUGGAUCAAGACACCAGCAGAGGUGCAGAAGGAUCCUAUGUCUUCAUCUGGUUCCGUCUGACCACUGACAGUAAGAAGCAUGGCUAUCAGAUGGUGAACAUAGAUCUCAACCAGGGUACUGGAGGAAACCAGGUGCUCCUGUGGUACAAGAAAGAUCCCAAGUGUGUCAACCCCGUCAAAGAUUUCACUCUGAUCGUCGGCAGCGGUUUCAUCGCUACAUUCAAGAGGGCCGGGGUCGUGGUCAUCGACAAAAGUCUCAAUACAGGAAACAGCAGCUACUAUGACAUGUACCUGUGUUAUUAUCGCUGA